AUGUCACUCCAAGUGAAUGACCCACGGUCGCGAACCAGAUCCAAAUCUCCUGGUCGCGAGCGCUCCCGGUCGCGCGACAGCCGAGUUUCCCACCGCUCACAUUCACCAGCCGUCGAAGCUCCUAGAACGAAAGGCUACAAUCCCGAAGAAGAAGCCGAAAUCGAGCGCCAAUACAAACUCAUCAGUGAGGAACGUCGUCGCGAAACUGACGAACCCCGCCUCCUUGCCUCGCGUGCCCCAAGAAGCCCCGCCCGCUACGACGUGAAUCGCUCCGACUCGGACUCCGAGUCGAGACGUCGCGGAGCAGACAGCUCACGACGCCGUCGCGAUGAUCGCUACGAACAUUCGGAUUCGGAGCGCGGCUCUGCUGCAGCAUCUUCGCGGUCGCAUCGACGACGACCCUCGCCAGACCGCGGGAGUCGCGUGAACCACGACUCCGACUCCGCCGAUGAUUUAGCUUACGGCGACGCCCCAGGCAAUCAUCCCAGCUAUGCGCGUCCGAAUCGGUACAGCUAUACCCAACCCACGCAGUUCGCGCCCACUGCACCGCGACCGGGAUACCCCGCCGCGCCGAUCGACUGGGCCUCUGUACCGGAAUGUGAACGUCCUGGAUACGUGCCGCCUUCAUCACAGCCCACGGGCCCAGCUACUAUGCCCGGCGCGUUUCCUGCGGUUUCGGGCUACCCUCCUAGCUCGGGGUCUGUGCCGGCGCCUGUGAUUGCAUCGCAGUAUCCUGGGUUCCCCCAACAGGCGUAUGCGACGAGUGCUGGUUAUGCGCCUGCGCAUUAUCGUACGGCCUCCGCUACUGAUACUGGCUACCCGCUAGCGGCGGGAUAUGCGAAUCCCGGUGUGUACCAGUACGCCCAGGUUGAUCCUAAUGUGAAGUAUACUUCAAAGACGGAGAAGCCGGCGUCGGCAUAUGCUGCUCCUACGCAUGAGCAGUACUCCAGGCCGCUGCCUCAACAAUUGCAGAAUCAAUAUUACCCGCAAUCGCAGCAGAAGCCACCACAGCCGCCGCCGCAAACUCCAGACCAGUCGCAUCGGCAUAAAAACGAGCCUGAAUUUGUGGAGAUCGCGCCUGGUGGAAGUCGGUCGAGUGCUCGUCCGCACAGUCAGUCUGUGUCUUCGAAUACCCUCGCAGUUGCCGGAGCCAGUGCAGCUCAUUCGGCUCACCCCCCCGGCUAG